AUGUUCAAUACAAACUCUACACUCAGCAGCCAAGUCCAGAAUCCAACCAGUAUCGCUAAUGGAAGUACAGCUCAUUAUCAAGCGUCAACCACGGAACAAAGCGACCGGUCCAGACGAUAUACCCAAUAUGGCUCUCUGGCACUUUUCGGACAAGACCUUUCUGGUUUUGACAAAAGUUUUGAACACCUGAUUCAGAUAUCAACACUUUUCCGUCCCCUGGAAAAUGGCCACGGUCAUAAUGAUUCCCAAACCAGGGAAGGACCUAAAAAUCAUAAAAACCAUAGGCCAAUCUCACUGAUCAAAUCCAUGGGGAAGGUACUCAAAAUCCAAGUCCUGAUCAAUCACAAGAAAACACUGUCCCCGUUUAUCAGACCGGAACAAUUGGACUUUUGUCCACAGCACUCUGCAACAAACCAACUGACGCAAGUAGUCGACCACCUGACUAACGCAACAUAUUGA